AUGCUCAACACGAAUGCUGACCGCGUGCUGAAUUUACUGUUUGAGAAAUCGUGGCUUUGUCUAUGGACACGUCGCUGGGGCGUGUGUGGUAUGGAGUUCACAUAA